AGGCACACAGGCACGGUUCACCUCAAUGGCCUUCCGCCAAAUGCCUUACUCACACACAGCCAGAGAACCCACGAGCGCAUCAGCUGCUGCCUCCCAUCCCGACUGUCCUCGGCAGCACAAAAUCCCGCUUAUGCGACAGCUUCGGCCGCUUGGACAGGAUGGCGUCAAUGGCAGACACGUCAGCGGGUCGCAAAGCAGCGUACUGGCCGGGCUUGAGUGAACGACGCUGGCUGACGGCGGCUGAACCCUUCACGUCGUGAGCAUCCUCACGGAGCGCUGAGCGCAUCGUCUCAGUCGGAGAGGUCCUCUGAGAGAGAGGAACGGCGCACGACAAACACUGAAUGUCAGUCAGUGCUCUUUUCGUGGUUUUAGCCGUGAGCUCACCUCCGCAACGGCCGCCAGCUCGUCGAACCCAGACGCGGAGAGAACAGCGGCAAUGGUCUGGAAAGGUGUCGCACACAAGUCCUCGUAGCGCACACAUGCCUGGACGGGCAUCGCCUGGCCCUCGUGCUGCCGAACCACAUCGCCGAUCUCCUCCAUGCAGUCAAU